UUCGUACUUUAAGAGGAAACCACCCCCGGUUCCGCCCCACGAAUCAGAUAGACGGAGCACAUCGUUCGAUUUUCCAGAAUUCACCACUCUCCCAGAGAGACAAGCCCCGGAUACCUGGGCUCCAGAUGGCGCCCGCGAUCUCGCCCUUCCUCGCAACCAUCCAGCUCCCAACCCUGCAGGCCGCUACAGCGUCAGUCGCCUUUUGAAUCGGCUGACCAGCCGCAGGGCGUAGAGGUGCAGCGGGGCCAGACGCGAACGAGUUCGGCUUCCUUUCCUCCUUGGGCAUCACGACGGGGUACAUUCGGCCUCCCUCUGCCCCCCCUUCUUGCUCCUGGCCGACUUCUCCUCCUCAAUCUCCAUCUUUCUCAAAGUAAGCUUGUUGACGGGAUCUCACGGACCUGAGCCCGCUACCCGUUUGCCCACCGCGUCAGAAGCUGUUAGAGAUGAAGAGAGGAGGGAGCGGGAUGGGCAUGGGACGGCAACUCCCUUCUUACGCCACUGAUGCCCAAUGGUGUCAACGGAUGCAAGUGUCAAACGAUUGUGUCGGACCGUUGAGAGUGUCUCUCCAGGUCACCGUGGAUGUACCCAAAAUUGCCAACUUGAUCGACGGUGGGACGUAAGGUACGGAGGACGGCCAAACCCUCGGGCCCUCCUCACACCUUCGGCCAAGGACCUUACGCUCCCCCGACUCCCCCGAGUACAUACGAGAAACCCUUGCUAGAUAUCAAGCAGCAGGUAACAAGGGGGACGAGUGGAAGUCCGUGGCGUGUAGGGUUACCACGUCGUCCUACCGAGAUCCAGUUCUUCCAUGGCCGCGCCCACAUGGCUGGUAACAAGAUCUGUUUUGGAAUCUCGGGCGCUACAGGUAGCUGUUCAGAGGCAAAUGUCACCCAGAGGUCUCGACUGCCGCUGUUCCGUUCGUCUCUCUGCCUAAGCCCUGUCCGCUGCAAGAGGAAGCAGAGAGAUUGACCAUUCCCAGUUAGACAUCGUGCCAAUCUCUCUGCCUUUCCCUCCCUCUCUCUGUAUCUCGGCGCCGGCUUGCAGUUCGUUUUCGUUACAAGACAAGAGAAAAAGACCUUCCCCCUUCCCAGUAACCCGCAGUCUUACUCCAGGGGGGGUGGCAAUGGCAUAUAGAACCGACUCCUGUUCCCAAUCUUUCCUGUUGAGCUGUUUUCCGCGCCCCCGUCUCAAGUAGCCGACCCCCCUCGACCUGCCAGUCAAGGCUCAGUCGAGCUCGAGGAGAGCUCUGUCGGCAUUUGACUGAACACAACAACAUCGAUCGAGGGGGAUUCGGAGCCAACAUGUCGCAGGCUAUCGCGGCUCUAGUCCACGCGGCGCAGUACAGCCAGCAGAGGGACGUCGAUCCCUCCAGCACCCCUCCUCCGCUGCCGCCCAUAUCGAACGAUUACCCGUACCCGUACUCGCAUCUCCAACACAUCGGUUUCUUUGUGCUCUUCUUCUUCCCCGCCAUCGCCCUCAUUGUCGUGGCCCUGCGGGUGUACAGUCGAGUCAGCACGAAGCAAUUUGGCUGGGACGACGGGUUGAUAUGUUUUGCAAUGGCGGAGUCCGUCGCCGAGACGGCAGCAUCCUACAUGGGCAUGCGAUAUGCCUUCCUUGGUGUCCACGUCUACGACAUUCCCAUGGAGGCCGACAGUCGGCUUGGCAGCCUGUGGAACUACAUCAUCCAGCUGCUGUACAACCCGAUCCUUGCACUAGUCAAGACGUCGGUGUUGAUGUUCCUGCUGCGCUUGAGCGGGCAAAAGCGGUCGAUCCGAUACACCAUCAUCGGGCUCAACGUCUUCAACAUUGCGCUCAUGAUCGCCAUCUUCACAACCGUCGUCUUCCAGUGCCAACCCAUCAGCUACUUCUGGGAGAAGGCGGGCCGCAAUCCACCGACCGAGGGCAAGUGUAUUGAUAUGGGCGCCUUCUACGUCAGCACCGCGUCUCUGACCAUCUUCACUGAUGUCCUGGCCCUCGCCCUGCCCUUCUGGAUCUUCCUCGGACUAAAGAUGCAGAUCCGGGUCAAGAUAGCGUUGCUCGCCGUCUUCGCCCUUGGAGCCGUCGUCACCGCCAUCAGCGUGCUCCGCCUCGCGUGGCUGAUCGAGGUCUCGUACCACAUCAACGAGCAAGACCCAACGUACGACAUCCGCUUCACCUACUCGGCCGUCGAGACGAACCUUGCCAUCAUUGCCGCCUCGGCGCCGGCCCUGCGCGGCCUCUUCCUCCGCUGGUUCCCCAAGUUCUUCGCCUCGCUCAAGAGCUCCUCCAACCCCCGCUACGGCUACGGCCAAAGCGGCGACCCGACCAGGAAGUCCCGCACGACGGCCACGGCCACGGCCACAGCGACUCGCGGCCGCGCCGCGUCGCAUCACCACCACCAUCACGCCGACACGUUCCAACUCAAGAGCAUGAAGGGCCGGUCCGAGAUCCGGUCGCACUCGCCGACGACGAGCGAGGAGGAGAUCAUGACGUACGACGGCAUCAUGCGCACAACCGAGGUCAACGUCGUCUACGACGACAAGCGUGACUCGACCCCUCGUGGGGGUAAGGGGGAGCCCAUGGGGAGGGACGAGGCUCCCGGCCGCGGAAACUACGAAGCGAAACUGUAUUCAACCACCAGCUCGGGGAGCUUCUGAGCACUGGAAAGAGGACUGGCACUUCUUUGGUUCUCCAUGCUCACUAUCCCUCACCCUCUGACGACGUUUCGAUAUACCUGUACAUAUACAUGCAUGCAUGAACAUGGCGGAGCGGCUUGCCGUUCAAUGUUGGGCCGGACGCGGAAGUUGCUCGCGAGCGACAAAAACAAAUCAAAGGGCCGGCCCCUCUUUCCUUCACCCGGGAUUGCGUUGGAUUGAGACGUCGUAUUAGACGACGUAGCAACCGAUGUCACGGCGGCGAAACAUAAAUUUUCUUUAGAACAAAUAGACACAGAGACGACAGACGUACGAUACCCACCCGGUAGAGGAGCAAUACUACACAUGGCACCCGUACACCUAUCUACACAGCUCGCAUUUUCCCCGCCGCAUCAAGAGACCCGCGUGCCCGCACCCCUUCGUCCGUGGGUUCUUGACGAGCUCUAUAGGUAAGGCUCCGAAGCAUGGUGGUUCUAGUGUAGCAUCCGAAAAGGAUCAAGCAGCAGCAGUGGGCCUGCACAAGUUUGAAUAGAGAAAAGGGGUAAAAAAGCAGAACGGCUCGCUCGCCUGCUUCUUAGCGCAUACUCACAGACAUGGCAACGUCCCGUCGCCACGCGGGAUUCCCUGGUGACCUGGCGUUUGCCAACUGGACAAGGGCGGGUUCCAAGUGAUGCUUUGCCCAGACAGUCGGUAGUUCGUCGGUGCUUGGAUAGCAAUUAUCAAUUGCUUCCGGAGCGGAGAGGAUCCAGUAGAAACAAGUAUGCCCGGCCGAGUCGCGGAGGUGCGCCAUUUUCUGGCGCGAGGAUGCAGGCCUGGAAAACCAUCGUCCUCGUGCCGUCUCCAGGUGCGAUCGUACCUGAUGGGGCCGACCGAGACGUCUUGUGUCGGCAAGGGAGAGGACGCCUAGCUCCCAAGUUCCCUCCCUUCGAACGGAAAAGAUGCGUAGCCCCCUUCCGUCGGAGUCCAUUGCGCAAGCCAUCCUUGAAGAGACGAUGGUUCCGUCGAUCAUGUGAGACUUGGCGAGGACCUCCCUGUGCAUGCCUCUUUCCACCUCAAGCAAAUCCUCACCAGGACCGACAAACGCACCUCAGAGAAACCCCACCCCUC